AUGAAAGAAGAAAGGACAAAUAUUUAUAAAAAUAAGUUCCUCCACUAUCUUGGGUACAUAACAGUGGAACCCACUUUAGUUUUGUAUAUGAUGGCUUUUAUGACUACCACUGUAGUGGAACAAUCCUUUUAUGUGUAUAAAGCUUGCAUUGCAAAUCAUGGUUUUAAUGCAACAAUCUGUGAGAAUUUAAAUGAACCAAAUUUUAAAAAUUAUACUAAAGAAGUACAAGCUACCACUGUAAAAUUCCAUGUAUGGAACAAUAUAGCAGGCCACGCCAUUCCUAUAGUUUUAGCUCUUUUUAUGGGUGCCUGGUCAGACAAAAGAGGUCGCAAAUUACCAUUGCUUAUUGGACUCUCUGGAAAACUAUUUUUUUCUGCCAUGAUUGUAGUUAAUACUCUAAAACCUGAUUGGCCUCUCGAGUACGUAAUUUUCACUGCCACGUUACCAAGUGCUCUGACAGGAGCAGACGUUGCCAUAUUUGCAGCAGCUUUUACUUACUUAGUUGAUGUAUCAUCUGUCAAAUAUAGAACUAUGAGAGUAACUAUUUUAGAAGUUUGUUACUUGUCUACUAUGCCAUCAGGAAUAGCUUUAGGAUCCUACUUAUUCAAAAAUGUUCUAAAUAAAUCCUACACUUAUAUGUUUCUUAUAAACACCGUACUAAUGGCAUUUGCCGUACUAUAUACAUCAGUAAGGCUAGAAUGGAGAACCAAUUCUAGACAAAGUCCAUUUUCGGAGGUUAGCAACAAGUUCCUUGACUUUUUUGAUUACAAUCAUCUAGUCGAUACUGCCAAAGUAAUGUGUAAGAACCGAUUACGUCAAAAACGAACUUAUUUGUUGAUGCUUAUAUUAAUGAUGGCACUGUAUACAUUCCAAAGAGACGAAAGGGACAUCAUGUACAUGUAUUGUCAGUUGGUUUUUAACUGGAAUAUACAACAGUUUAGUAAAUUUAGAACGGUGCAAUCGGGUCUUCAAGCUGUGAUGCUGUUAAUUGCUAUUCCUGUAAUGAGCAGGCUGCUUGGAUUGAGAGACACAGUAAUUAUAAUGAUUGGCGCUAUUGCCCAUACAGCAGCUAGGAUAUUUUAUGUCACUGCCCAAGUCCCUUAUGUGUUUUAUAUAGGUGGAGUGUUUGCGUCUUUUGGACCUGUUGUAGCUCCUGUUAUCAGAUCUCUUGUUUCAAAAAUUGUUUCAGCCUCUGAAAAGGGAAAGGCCUUUUCCGUACUUGGAGUAGCAGAUAAUGCUGUCCCAUUAAUAUCUGGCGUAGCUUAUAAUACUCUGUAUAAUGCAACACUUUCUACUAAUCCUGCGAAUAUAUUCUAUCUUACAAUCGCAACACAAUUGGCAGUAUUCUGUUUAGUGGUGUAUAUUCAUUUAAGGACUGAUUCAAACGAAUUUGAAUUAGAUGACGACACUAAACUACCAUUGAGAGACAUAUCAUGA